AAAGUUUCUGUAUUUAAAAUUAUAGUUUAUUAAGAUAUUUUUAACAGAAUUUAUACACAAUUUUUAGUUAUUUAAAUAGAGUUUGCCAGGUAGACAAUUAUUAGGUAAAGCAAAAUGUCUACUCUCUUUUCUGGGUUUGCAACAAGAUAAUAAUAGCAACUUUAUGAAAAUUUAAUUGAAUAGCUUAUUAGUGUUUUAAGUAAAAGAGUAAUUAAGAUAUAUGACGGGCAAAGCUGUAAUGAAUAAAUCUUCAAAUCAGUUUUGCUUAAAAUUAUGGUCAAUUUAAAUAUUUUAGAAGAAAGAAAAUAUGCUGCACCAAAAUUAUCUCAAUAAGUAUAAGACUUAAUGGGAAUUUUAUAAUUAGACUAUCUAAGUUUAUAAUCACAGCAAUAAAAUGGAGUUAUCAAGCCAAAGAAAAAAGAAUAUUAUUUAAUAAAUUAGUCUGAUUUAGUAACAAAAAAACCAAAUUAGUUAAUCAACAAGUAAAGAUCAAUAACUCCAUCAAACGGAAGUAAUCCAGUGAAAACUAAAUAAGGAUUUAUGUAUCAAGUUAGUAAUCAUCCUAGUCGCGUUAAUUCUUCAAGUGCAAAUAACAGGAAUUAUCAAAAUCCUUUAGUUGAUGGCUAAGUGAUUCUUCCACCAUAAACUGCUAUUGGAGGAGAUAAAAAUGGUUUUAGAGUCAAAUUGUAUAAUAAAUAAGAUGAUAAUUUAUAUGGACCUAAUAUAGAAAUAAAAUAAGGCAGUAACUUUGAAGAAUCAUCAGGUAAAAAUACUAUUUAAAGUUUUGAUGCGAGUAAAGAAAUUGGGAAUAAUAACUUAAAAGAAAAUUCAUAAUAUCUUGGUUGUUAUGAAAGUGUUAAUGUAAGAAAAAAUGUUAAUAAUAAUUCUUCUUCUAAUCAAAAAGAAUAGUAAUAAGAUAGAAUUAGUGCAAAGUAAUAUUUAUCGUAUAAUCCAGAAGCAUAAACACUUUAUUCUCAAAGAAACAAUGAUCAAAAUACUCUUUCACCAUCCACUCCAGUUUAAAAAAAUCAAUUUUAAAACUAAUAUUAAGCCUUGUUUGAUAAAAUUGCUGACCAAGAUCCAUAAUUAGCUAACAAAUUUGAUAGUGGAUAUACUUCAAUCAGUGCUAGCAAAGGAUAUGUUGCAAAUCAAGAUUUAGACUGCCCUUAACCCAGUUAUAAUUUCCCUUCAGAACAAAAAAGUGUUUACAAUAAUAACAAUAAUAAUAGUAAUUUUAAUAACAGUGUUAAUCACAACAAGAGCACUUUAAAUGAGGAAGAAGUUUAGAUGACAAUGAUAGAUUAAGACAUAAUUAAAAAAAUAAUAAAUAUAGCUCCAUAAAUUAGCAAACUGAGCAAGCAAGAGAGAAGCAUAGAUAAACAAUUUAGAAAGCUUAGAAAGAAAUCAUAACCUUAAAACCAUAGCUUAAAUAAUAGUACUUUUGAAAUUAAAAAUGAUUUUGAAUUUGACUCUGAAAAAUUUGAAUAAGAAUUUUAUUAUGGAAAUUUUUUGAAUUCCACUAAUUCUAGUGGCUCAUAAAAGAUGGCUGAUACAGCAAGAUCAAAUAGAAAAAACGGGUUUUUCAGUGCUCAAAGAAGUAACUUCAAACAACCUUAAAAUAUUUGA